CGGUGGGCGGCCGGGCGGCCAUGGAGCCUGAGGCGAUUAUCCUCAUCAGCGACGAGGACGACGACGACGACGACGACGAGGAGGAGGAGGAGGCCGCGGGCCCGGGCGGCUCGGUGCUGCUGCUCACGGAGCCUCUCGAAGAUUCUGUUCUAGAAGAGGAGAAAUCCGAAGAGAUUGUGGAUGAAGAAUCUGGACUAGUACUUACUUUCUGUAAAAAAGGGAGCGUCAUGCCACACGCAAGAUAUGACUGUAUGACCAACCUAUUCGAGCGAGCAGAGUGCGAGACCUGCAUCCCCCUCGAGAGGAACGCGGAGACGUGCGGCCAGUGUUACUGCUACAUAUGCGACAAGCCGGCUUCUGAGUGCCGGUCCUGGACGACGCCGGCCCUGUGUCACUGCAACGCCCACAACAAGAGUAAAUACUGGAAGGGCCAGCGUGACUUCACCUUAGCCGGAGUCCUGGCCACCUUCAACUUGGAGCUCUCCGAAAUUGACCAGGACCUCCGCCGUGGGGGCGAGCUGCUGAUCCAGUUUGUGCAGGACCUGUCUGUGGAGUACACCAAGUACCUCGGCGGCGAGAGGCUGGCCCUGGGCCGGCAAGACUGCUUCUGUCACCCCAAACGCAAGGCCGGCCAGUGCAGCAGCUGCAGGUGGAUUGAAACGGAGAUGGUGUACAGGUAUUCGAGCGUCUUCCAGAAGGUUUCCUCGUUCAUCGGCCAGGCGGAAGAGGAGAGUCCCAAAACAGCUGCCGUCAUGUUACUGGGGGCAAUCAAGGAGAUUUCCGUUCACAAAGACCCGGCUCGGAAUUGGCAGAACCUUGGUCCGACUGAAUCUUUGAAGAUAGCUGUGCCCGCUCUGAUGGACAGGAUGACCAGGGUGCUGCAGCGACUGCUGGUCCUGAGCGACUUCCCCAAAUCUCUGUGCGAAAAAUUCAUCCAGUUCUUCCAGUCGGUCAUCCUGCCCCCGUACUGUUUCGCCUUCACAAACUGCCUGAACGUUGCCCCGUGGGACCACAGGUUGCUGACUACCGUUCUGAAGGGCCAGAACAUCACCGGCAAACAGAAGAAGAACGGCAAGAAGGAAACCCUCUGGGAAGUGCUGCCCGUCAUCCAGGCGCGGGUGGAGAAGAUGGAGCACGGGGACCAGUUCAAAGAGCUCGUUCGGUACCUGAAGGCAGUGAAGUCGGACGACACUCUGGGAUUACGAGAAUACAGGGACAAGAUUCCUUUCUACUUGUGCAAGAGCGGGGAUUUCACGGGUGCAGCCCAGGCCCUGCUCCUGCCGCUGAACAACCUGGCCUGCUGUACCGCCUGCCGGCUGGCCCCUCUCCAAUUUGAGAUCUACCUCAAGAUGUUCCGCACCGGGAGCGUGCCCUCCGGAAAGAGCCUCCUUGACUCGGACAAGUGGACCAUCAAUGUCGGUACUCCAGUGAAGCUGUGCAUCCUCAUUAAGCAGGCCCUGCGAGUGCUGUACAGCAACCUGGCCCUGUACAGAAACGCCCGCUGCUGGGGCUCCCUGAUCACCGUGUUGGGCAGCAGCCCCAUCUUGGAGCCCAGUGGACUGCUCACCACCAUCACCCUGCCGGAGCCUUCUGCUUCCUUCUGCCAGACGGUGCUCUCCGCCUCCUGCGAUAUCCUCAAAGAACUCAAGUCCAAAGCCAACGCCUCGUUGCCCUCGAGCAUAUUUUACGGUUCGCUGACCCUGGAGGCGUGUUUCAUCCUCGUCGUCCAAGCCGGCCUGCAGAUGCUCCUGACGGACCUCCCGUGGCUCAGCUCCCUGCUGGAAAUCAUGCUGGCCUUUGGGAAGAACCUGUGGGCCCUGAAGCUCUUCCUGGAGGGAAUCUCGUACCACGUACCCGCCCUCCACGACGUCCUGCGCCUGGUGACCCGCGACCUGAGCUACCGGAAGCACAUGUUGCUGCGACUGUGGGAGACCCUUGGGCCGGAAUACGUCAGUGAACUACUCUGCCUGUUCCUGAGCUUCCAGAACGUGGAACUGCAGUCCAUCGGCAUCUAUUUCUCUCACUUGGUGAUGGAAAACCUGCAGGAGUGUCCUUGGGCGAAGUCACUGGACGUCUCCCGCCUCAAGGCGUUGAAAAGAUCCCACCUCGAGACAGCCAAUCAGCUUCAGCUGAACAAGUUCGUGUCCAUCCUGGAAAAGUUGUAGUCGUGGUCCGGGGAGAGGUGUCGCCCGGGCCCGGCGUUGGGCUGCUUGUUGCCGGAGAGCUUCUGCGCGUCACCGCCCACCCGCCGACCCGUUAACGGGUUUCCCUUGCGGGAGGGCGCCGGGCCCCAGCUCCUCCCUCGCCCCACUGCCUCCCCUCCGCUCCUCUCCCCAGUCUGAGGGGUGGGGGACACCGUGGAGCAGCCGGCCCCCCUCCCCAUCAGGGUGGGGCCGAGAGGGCGGAGGAGGGAGGGCCCAAGGGGGCCCGGGACGCCCUUGGCCCGCAUAGCCCGUGGCCGGCUGGCAGAGUAUCCGACGGCAGGCUGGGAAGCGGGGGUGGAGGUCGGGGGACGGUGGGCCCGUUCUCUCGGCCCCCGGGGGCUCGAGUCUCGAAACGGACCUCUUCAGCCAAAGUGUUUCACCUGCCCACCGACCUCGGGCCGGGGCAGAGCGGUUCCGGGACAAGGGGGGGGGCCGCGGUCCUUUGCGCCUGGCCCCGACUCCGUCCCCCGCCGGGCCCGAUUUUAAGUUAUUAUUUUGAACCAGACGAGCUCCCGCGUUCAAAAGCGACGAACGCGUCGUGUCUGCGUCGUCGUAGUGCCGGCUCUUGAUGAAAUAAAACUCACCCUGGGCGUGUUC